GUAUAAUAAAAUCUAUAAAGAAACACACAUAAAUUUCCUUAAAAGGUCCAAUAAAUAAAAAUAAAAUCAAAAUGUGGAAAAUCAUAGUGUGUUUGGCAGCCUUCCAAGUAAUUCUCGCCCAACAAGCUGGAGAAGUUCCGGACUAUAUCAAGCCCUGCCACCGAGAUGAUCCUGAUCUUCUGAGAUGUUUUAUGAAUUCUUUGGAACAUGUGAAGCCAUAUAUCGCCAAGGGUAUACCAGAAAUUGAGUUACCCUCUGUGGAACCCUUCAAAAUGGACGAAUUGGGCCUGCAGCUGACCGAUGGACCCCAAGGCUAUAAAAUUACUUUGAAAAAUAUCGAAGUUUUUGGUGCCAGUAACUUUGCUGUAAAAUCAAUGAAACUAAGUGAAAACGGUGAACCUUUCAAGGCUACCAUUUUUAUGCCCAAAUUGAAGAUUGAAGCCAAAUAUACCAGCUCUGGUGUACUUCUGAUUAUUCCCGCUUCAGGAGGUGGAGAUUUUCAUGCAGUGUUUGAGGGCUGCAAAGCUGAAAUCACCGGCAAGGUAUCAACUCCUGUGAGAAAUGGUUUGACCUACCUGCAUGUGGAUGCCUUGGGUAUUGUUUUGGAUAUGGAAAAGGCCAGCAUGAAAAUUUCAAAUGCCUUCAGAAAUAAUCCAAUUUUGUUGGAAGCCACUAAUUUGUUCCUGCGUGACAAUGCUCGCAUAGUAUUGGAGGCUAUGCAACCUCAAAUGCAAAAAAAACUGGCCAAUGAAUUCGGUAAACUGGCCAAUCAGUUCCUUAAACAUGUGCCCCGAGAUUGGUUCUAUCUGUGAAUGCCCCGCCUACCACCAGCACUAGCUUAAGUCUUUUUGUACAUACUUUGAUAUAUAUGUUAAUGCGAUAAUUUCCUGUAGUUUAAGCUACCAUGUUAGAUUAUAGACUUUAUAACUUAUCUGCACUAUGUUCUCUAUAUGUACUCAUAAUUUUAAAAAUCGCUUCUCAAAAUGUAUUAUCGAAAUAAAAAAGAAAACACA